AUGGAUUCGUAUUUCGGAAACGCUGUGAUGAAGUUGGCUUUGAAAGCAGACCCUGAAGAGCAUCGUGUUGCACUGUUUGUAUUACUUCUUUGUGCUUGUAUUGUAAUUGGGCAUCUUCUCGAGAAAAGUCGUUGGAUAAAUGAAUCAGUCACUGCCAUUUUCAUUGGUCUUCUCACUGGAACUCUCAUCUUAUUAACUACCAAAGGCAGAAACUCACGCAUCCUAGUGUUUAGUGAAGAACUUUUCUUCAUUUAUGUUCUUCCACCUAUAAUUUUUAAUGCCGGGUUUCAGGUGAAAAAGAAACAGUUCUUUCGAAACUUUCUAAUGAUCAUGUUGUUUGGGGCUGUUGGUACAGUGAUCUCAUUUUUCAUCAUAUCACUAGGUUCACUCCAUUUAUUCAAGAACUUUGACAUUGGCUUCUUAGACGUGGGUGAUUAUUUUGCCCUUGGAGCAAUCUUAUCAGCGACAGAUAGUGUUUGCACCUUGCAGGUGCUUAAUCAGGAUGAGACUCCUUUACUGUAUAGUCUAGUCUUUGGUGAAGGCGUGGUUAAUGAUGCUACUUCUGUUGUACUAUUCAAAGCAAUCCAGAGAUUUGACCUCUCUCACAUCACCUCAUCCAAUGGCAUUCAGCUUCUUGGAAACUUUUUCUAUUUAUUUUUUACGAGCACCUUGCUGGGAGUGAUUGUUGGGCUGUCCAGUGCAUACAUCAUAAAGAAACUGUACUUUGGCAGGCACUCAACUGAUCGGGAGGUUGCUUUGAUGAUUUUAAUGCCUUACCUUUCGUAUAUGACUGCUGAAUUGUGCUAUCUAAGUGGUAUUCUUACCAUGUUCUUUUGUGGGAUUGUCAUGUCUCACUACACUUGGCAUAAUGUGACUGAAAGUUCACGAGUGACCACCAAGCAUACUUUUGCAACGUUCUCAUUUGUUUCAGAGACUUUCAUCUUCUUAUAUGUUGGUAUGGAUGCGUUGGAUAUUGAGAAGUGGAAAGUUGUUGGCCAAAGGCCUUGGACAUCGGCUGGAGUGAGUCUAAUACUGCUUGGUUUAGUCCUUGUUGCAAGAGCAGCUUUUGUAUUUCCACUUUCUUUUAUAUCAAACUUGACUAGAAAGUCCCAGACUGACAAAAUUGGGUUUAAGCAGCAGGUUACAAUUUGGUGGGCUGGGCUCAUGAGGGGCGCUGUAUCUGUGGCCCUUGCUUAUAAUCAGUUUACAAGGUCGGGGCACACGCAACUACAAGGGAAUGCGAUCAUGAUUACUAGCACAAUCACAAUUGUCCUCAUCACUAAUGUGGUAUUUGGACUAUUAACUAAACCUAUUGUAAGGUACAUGCUUUCACUGCAUGAUAGACAAAUAGAUGGCAUAAUUCUAGCAGAUUCUCCACUGAAGUCGCUGAAUGACCCUCUUCUGCCUGGUGUUGAAGAUACCGAAUCCGAUGUUGGAGGAUCAGACAUUCCCCGUCCUACCAGCUUACGAAUGCUGUUGACAACUCCAACUCAUUCUGUCCAUUACUAUUGGCGGAUGUUCGAUGAUCGAUACAUGCGGCCUGUUUUUGGUGGAAGAGGUUUUGUAUCUUUCAUCCCUGGUUCACCAACUGAAAAGUAUAUCCAUUGAUGGCCAGAUUGUAUAGAAAACACAUGAAAUUUUGUAAAUCAGUUAUUCCUAGAAUAACUAGAGAGAAAGGAAGCUGUAGCCUGUGUAUAGUUUUCACAGAAGAUGGACAACAGUUAGUCUGUGUAUAUGACCUUUUAAGUACAUAAAAAAGUUAGUUAGUUAGUGUUUUUUUAAAUUUUUUCCCUCCCCUUCUUCAAACUUAAAAAUACUUUUUUUUAAACACUUUCAAGGGCAUUCAAACAUGCCUUUGGAAGAUGUGUAAAAAAUUAGUAUGUAUCGAGAUUUAUAAGUUUACUGUAACAGAAACAGGACAUCGAGUUA